UUUAUUCCUACGUGAGCAGACCCACUACACUUCUUGCAUAUAAACAGUAAAAAUCACAAUAUAAAGGACUUAUUAUUCCUUCUUUUGGAGUAAUUCUGCUGCUGGUCAAAGCCUGGCUCCUUGUGGAAGAAACGGGGGACUCCUCUGCAGGUAAUUCCACUGCUCCAAGGCACUCCUCACCUGCUUGCAAAGACUUCCUUGGCUCAGACUCAACCUGCAAGGCAAGCAAACGCCCAUCGUCCCAGAGGCUGCAGACAUGGCUCGCUCUGCCAACAUGUGAACUUCAGCCAAGACACCACAGCAAGGACUCUGUCCUCUGAUCUCGGAUGCCUCAACCAUGUCCUGGUCACACACCACUUGGUUUUGUGAAGCUAUUUAGGAAGAUAAGCUUCCCUCUCUAAAGAAAAGGGAAAGAGCAUGAAAGAAAACAAUGGCCCCAGAGGAGGAAUUUGUGAUUGACACAAAUGGGGAAGCUCCCUUAGGAGCAUCAUGUAUCAUCAAAGCAGCAAACCCCCGGGUCAUUCAUUUCUCCACCUAUUUACAUACUAUGGAAAGAAGAUGUGUUUGAAUUUCCUGUGGUUUUACACUGGAAAUUGAUGUUUCAAGAAAGGAAGCUGUAUGUUCUAGACACAGCAGGCUUCUUUGGGAAUUCACACAUCGGGAGUCUGGCACUAUCCCCUAAAUGGUACUUUUGUUGUCUUUUCAUUCAAGAUAGCCAGAUUCUUUCAAGAUCAGAACUGCCUGCUGGCCUCCCUUGAUAAAUGGCCCAUCAGCUCUCUCAAUAGAUAAAAUGUGUAAUAGUUAGCCUAACUUAUUAUUUAUCUAAGUAGCAAUUAUGACUGAGAUGACAUAAUAUUUUAACUGCAGGAGAAGCAUUACAGAUAGCUCCUAUGCAGAUUCUGGAGGCUGGAAAUGGCCAAGAGGGCAUCCUGUACUCAGAGGAAAGAGAGGACCACCCCAUCCUAGCUGGCAGUUCUGUGUGUCAGAGAUGCCAUUAUUAGAUGCUGCACCAGACCUAAGGGAGAUGUGCCCCAGAGAAGCAUAUGGUCCCAAUCCUUUCCACUGAGGCUCAAUGGCCCAGCAAAAUAUGAAAGUGAGACCUGUGCUCCUCAAGCGUAAUAGUCUAGAUUCAGUGGAGUUUGUGAAACAGACUCACCACCGCAGGAGCAAAUCCCAGCAAGUGAGAUUCAAAGAAGAUGGGACCACAAAGAAUCCAACUGGCCUGACAGAGGUUGAUGUCCACACUCCUGAAGACCCGGUGGUGAUGGGGAAAACUCCAGUGUCCCGGCACCAUCAUCCCCCCACCUACUCACUCUCCUUCCCUAGGUCCCAGAAGGCAGGGGGCUUUCGGAACAUUGCAAUCCAAACCUCCCCCAGUCUCAGGAAGCAUUUCCCAGUUUUCAAAAGGAAGAAACUCACGGCCAGCAAGUCCCUGGUGGAAAUGCCAAUAGCAUCCCCAAGUGCCAUCCAGGUCAAUGGCAACUUCUCUGAACAGGACAUCGUCUCCUCCAACCUUGCCUACUUGAGGUUGGCUCAGCAUCUUGAGGAUGGGCCUCAAAGGCUCAAGGUGGCCCACUCAUUUCUCCCCGGGGUAUCCAAGGUGCAGAGCAAUGGGCCUGUUAGCAUAUGCUGGGAAGCAGGAACCUGGAGGUCCUCCGAGAAAGCAACAGCUGCCAUUCAGGUCCCAGAUGAUAUUUAUCACAGUCCUUCCUGGGACUCUAGAGAGCCUGCUUACAGUCCAGACAGGUCGGCUGAAAGAAGCAAGGCUAUACACCCUUUGGUUGACACAUGUCCAGGUGAUGGGAGAAUGGUGACUCCACCAGAUUCAGAAAGGUCCCCCUCCUGCUCAAAUGCUACCAGUGGUGCCAACCACAUGCCAGGCACAGAGAAACUUAAAUCUGAAUUGCUUUUGCCCAAAGAUAACCCUGAUGACAAAGGCUUUUGCCCACUGUCGUCUCAGUCAAAGGAAACAUCCAUUCCCUCACCUCCACGGACUCACAGCUGCCCCUCGCCAGGCUCCCACACCCAGCCAGCCCACCCAGCAAAAGCCCCAGACUAUCCUUUAUCGGACAAUCACCAGAAUCUGGUGUCCGUCAAAACCAAAAGUGUAUCCAAAUCUGCCCCCAGGUGUCAAGAGCAGAUGGCAAAGGACCCCACCCAGUCAGAUGCCCCAGAGUUUCCAAAUUGUCCAGGAAGCAGUCCCCUCCCACCCUCCCUUCCCAGCAACGAGACCAAACUUCAGAGCAACAGGGAGAUUAGUGGCAUUAAUCAAAUUCACCUGGCUCGGGGUGAACUCUGCGACCUCCAAGGCCGGCUGCAAUCUGUGGAGGAAUCUCUGCACUCGAACCAAGAGAAAAUUAAAGUCCUUUUGAAUGUAAUUCAAGACUUGGAGAAAGCUCGAGCUCUCACUGAAGGACGCAACUUUUAUCGAACUGGCCAAGACCUCAACAACUGCAGUACCUGCCAGAACACGGCGUGCAUCAUAUACAGCGUAGAGUAUGAUUUUCGGCAGCAGGAAGGCAGGUUCCAUGAAGUUCUGCAGAGUCUGGAGGAAGCUGAGCCAGCUGAAGAGGCAUCUCCCCCACCAAAGUCCCCAGCAGAGCCACCGGUCCCAGAAAAACAGGACUUAAGGCGGAAAACCAAGAAAGUGAAGAAGAAAUGCUUCUGGUGGAUCUGAGCUCCUUGGGACCAGCUCCUGCACCCUCCCCUUGGAUCUCCCUGAGAAGGGGAACCCACCUCCCUGAAGGUCUCCUCUGCUCCUUUGCAAAGGCCCUGGGCUGUGAGCCCCUUGACCUGGGAAGCAGGAGAGCCGUGGAGCCGGUUUAGUCACUGCUGGACACCUGACCACCAUCCUUCCUUGAGUGCGUGCUACUGCUUGCUGAGGACUUCGUGGACACUUGAGUGACCACUUGCUAAGUUCUCUGAACCAUGUGGCUAGGCCUCAUCCUGGUUUGCAAGUCUAGAAUCCCACCAUGAGCAAAACCCCUACUGUACCUUUCAACCCCUCUGUGAUGCCAAGCACUUCCUUCCCAUCCUGGGUUCAUCAACCCAAAAGAAAAAAGAAACUGUUGUGUGGAGCUAGAAGAUAGAGGAAGGUUCUAAGCAGAUAACCCAGAACAAAUUAGAUGAAUAAACUGGCAGUUUUCUAAGAUAUCAGUGUAUACAAGCACAACAGAGUGGGCGGGCAUAAGAAUGCAAGAUCACCCUGGUAUGUGAGGGUCGCUGCCAUUUUUAAUUAGCUCCCUUGAUUCCAAAUCAAGGAUCUGUCAUCUCAUGCCAUGUGGGCCUUACUGUCUGACUCAGAGUAAUGUCACUCCAGGGUACAAGGAAGUCGUUGGUGUGGAUGGCCUGUGCAAUUGUAAUGUAAAGCUGUAACUGUCAAUUACAAUUACAGCUGUUUCAGAGCUCACCUUAAACCAUCAUGCCUGUGGCCUGGGCCCUGAGACUACCUGGCAAAUUGGUGAAACGUGAUUUGGAUUUGAACUUUAAGAUCCCACAGCAACAUUAAGAUUGUGAGAUCCAGUAGCCUAUCUGUCAGAUACAUCUUAUCAGUAACAUAAAUAAGGUUAAGAUAAGACACAACCCUCUUGUCCAUUCAUCCACUCUUGUCUGCUAUAGCCUUGUAGCUAGGUGCAAACUUAUAUUAAUUGACAGAGUGUCCCUUCCUGGUUACCAAGCAGUGGUCACCUGAUUGAAGAAACACAAAUGAGGAUAAGGAUAUAGGCCCUCACCCCCCCACCCCCCACCAUUUAGCAUUAAAGACCUUUUUAUUCUCCCACUCAAGUCUGAGUUCUUUAAGAUCUGGCUCAUUCUUUUGACAAGACCCCCAUACAUGUGGUUCCGGUGAAACUUGCAUGGCUGAACAAACUACUAAGGUAAUAUAAUUAAGUAAUUGCUACAUACUCUUGGGGAUGAGGGUAGGAUGGCAAAGCUCAGAUUCCUUCUGGCUAAAUUAAAUUCUCUACCAGCCUGUGGUUGGA